UCGUGUUCAUGGUGCCGUAGUCUCAGUCAGCCUCAUUGAACGAGAGACGCAUCCCGACACUUCUCACGGGAUAUAUAGCAAAGGGAACGGGACACAGAAAUUGCAAACUCUGAAUUUAUCUGGGAGCUGGAAAUAGCUUUGUCUCCAAGAGUGGAUUAAAAGGACAUUUUACACUAAAGUUCUAAGGGGGGGUUAUUUCCAAAAUGGAGGUGAAGACAUCACUUCUCGACAAUAUGAUAGGGGUGGGCGAUAUGGUUCUACUUGAGCCCCUGUCAGAAAACUCCUUCAUCGAGAAUCUAAAGAACCGGUUCGAUCACAAUGAGAUCUAUACAUACAUUGGCAGUGUGGUGAUCUCAAUGAACCCCUACAAGUCCCUGCCCAUCUACACAGCAGAAAAAGUGGAGGAGUAUCGCAACAGGAACUUCUACGAGCUCAGUCCACACAUUUAUGCUUUAGCAGAUGAGGCGUACCGGUCACUGCGGCAUCAAGAUAAAGAUCAGUGUAUUCUCAUCACAGGAGAGAGUGGGGCAGGAAAGACAGAGGCCAGCAAGUUUGUGAUGUCAUAUGUGGCAGCAGUUUGUGGGAAGGGCCAGGAGGUGAACAAAGUGAAGGAGCAGCUGCUUCAGUCCAAUCCUGUGCUGGAGGCUUUCGGGAACGCAAAAACCGUGAGGAAUGACAACUCGUCUCGAUUCGGGAAGUACAUGGAUAUCGAGUUUGACUUUAAAGGGGACCCCCUGGGUGGAGUCAUCAGUAAUUAUCUCUUGGAGAAAUCCCGUGUGGUAAAGCAGCCCAGAGGAGAGAGGAACUUCCACAUCUUUUACCAGCUGUUGUCUGGAGCGUCAGAGGACACGCUCAAAAAACUGAAGCUGGAUCGAGACUUCAGCAAAUACAACUAUCUUAGUCUGGAUUCUGCAACUGUCAAUGGACUGGAUGAUGCUGCAAGUUUCAGGACAGUUAGAAAUGCAAUGCAGAUCGUGGGCUUCAUGGAGGAUGAAGUUCAGUCAGUGCUGGAACUGGUGGCUGCUGUCCUUAAGCUGGGAAAUAUUGAGUUCAAACCCGAGUCUCGCGUCAACGGCUUUGAUGAGAGCAGAGUCAAAGACAAGAACGACCUGAAAGAGAUGUGUGAACUGCUGGGCAUUGAGCAGUCAGUGCUGGAGAGAGCGUUCAGCUUUCGUACGGUGGAGGCCAAGAUGGAGAAAGUUUCUACCACACUCAACGUGGCUCAGGCCUAUUAUGCCCGUGAUGCCCUUGCCAAAAACCUAUACAGUCGCCUGUUCAGUUGGCUGGUGAACCGAAUCAAUGAAAGCAUUAAGGCUCAAACCAAAUCCCGUAAGAAAGUCAUGGGAGUCCUGGAUAUUUAUGGUUUUGAAAUCUUUGAGGACAACAGCUUUGAACAGUUUAUCAUUAACUACUGUAAUGAGAAGCUUCAGCAGAUCUUCAUCGAGCUUACUCUCCGUGAGGAGCAGGAGGAGUAUGUCCGUGAGGGUAUUGAGUGGACCAACAUUGAGUAUUUCAACAAUGCUAUCAUAUGUGAUCUCAUCGAAAAUAAUAAGAAUGGUAUUUUGGCCAUGUUGGAUGAGGAGUGUUUGAGGCCCGGCACAGUGACAGAUGAGACGUUCCUGGAUAAGCUGAACACUGUGUGUGCUGAGCACCAGCACUUUGAGAGCAGACUGAGCAAAAACUCCAAGUUCCUCACAGACCACAGCCUGCCACACAACUGCUUCCGUAUACAGCACUACGCCGGCAAAGUGCUGUAUCGAGUGGAGGGAUUUGUGGAUAAAAACAAUGACCUGCUCUACAGAGAUUUAUCUCAGGCCAUGUACAAAGCCAGUCACAGCCUGAUAAAACUUCUCUUCCCAGAGGGAAACCCAACUAAAGUGAACCUCAAACGCCCACCCACUGCUGGAUUCCAGUUCAAAGCAUCAGUGGGAACUCUCAUGAAGAACCUUCUGACCAAAAACCCCAAUUAUAUCAGGUGUAUCAAACCUAAUGACAAGAAGGCACCCCACAUUUUCGCAGAGUCACUAGUCUGUCACCAGGUGCGCUACUUGGGUCUGAUGGAGAAUGUACGCGUGAGAAGAGCAGGUUACGCUUUCCGUCAGCCAUACGAGCCCUGCCUGGAGCGUUAUAAGAUGCUCUGCAAGCAGACCUGGCCACACUGGAGGGGUCCAGUCAGGGAGGGUGUUGAGGUUCUCCUGAAAGACAUGCAAGUGCCUGUAGAGGAGUUCGCCUAUGGACGAUCCAAGAUCUUCAUCAGGAACCCCAGAACGCUGUUCUUCUUGGAAGAGAAGAGGAGGCAGUGUCUAGAGGACCUGGCCGCUCUCAUCCAGAAGAUCUAUCGGGGCUGGAAGUGCCGAACUCGGUUCCAGCUGUUAAAGAAGAGUCAGGUGGUGGUGGCUGCCUGGUACAGAAGAUAUGCGCAACAAAAAAAGUACCAGAACAUCAGAUGCUCUGCCUUAGUGGUUCAGUCCUUCAUCAGAGGAUGGAAGGCCCGGAAAAUUCUGCGUGAGCUGAAAUACAAGAAACGAUGCGAAAAGGCUGUCACGACUAUUUCAGCCUACUGGCAUGGAACUCAGGCUCGUUGGGAACUGCGGCGUCUUAAGGAGGAGGCACGGAAUAAACAUGCCGUGUCUGUCAUUUGGGCAGCCUGGCUCGGAACGAAGGCUCGGAGAGAACUGUGGCGCUUAAAGCAUGAAGCUCGCUGUAAAUUGGCCGUGUCUGUUAUAUGGGCCGGCUGGCAAGGAACCAAGGCACGUAGAGAGCUGAAACACUUGAAGGAGGAAGCCAGGCGUAAGAAUGCCAUCGCUGUCAUUUGGGCCUACUGGUUGGGACUAAAGGUCCGUCGGGAAUACAGGAAGUUCUUUAGAGCUAAUGCCGGCAAAAAGAUCUAUGACUUCACCAUCCAGAAAAUCAUGCAGAAGUACUUCCUGGACUUGAAGAAGACAAUGACUUCCAUGUCACCGAUCGAUAAGAGCUGGCCGGCUCGGCCCUAUGGGUUCCUGGAUGGGACACAUAAAGAGCUUAGGAGGAUGUUCCAUCUGUGGAGGUGCAAGAAAUACCGCAGCCAGUUCACAGAGGAGAAGAAGGCGACCUACGACGAGAAGCUGGCAGCAAGCGAGCUAUUCAAAGAUAAGAAGGCCUUGUAUCCCAACAGUGUUGGGCAGCCUUUCAAAGGAGACUAUCUUGAGAUGACCAAAAACCCAAAGUACCAAAAGCUGAACAGCUUAGUAGACGACAAGGUUCUUCUUGCAGAUGUGGUCAGUAAAAUCAACCGUGCUAAUGGAAAGAGGGCUCCAAGACUUUUCCUCCUGACCAAGAAGAACUUUGUUCUGGCUGAUCAGAAGACCGGCCAAGUGAAGGCCAGCGUGCCGCUGCCAGACCUCAGCAGUGUCUCUGUCAGCACACAAAACGAUGGCUUUUUCGCCCUCAAGCUCAAAGAGGGUGCCACGUCAGCAGCCAAAGGUGACUUUCUGCUGAGCAGUGACCGACUGAUUGAGAUAAUCACCAAACUCCAUCGCACAGGUGCAGCUUCAGCUGACAGGAAUCGAAUCAAAAUCGACAUUUCAGAUGAAUUCCUUGUGCUGUUCAAGCAGGACAAAGUGUGUGUAAAAUUCAUCCAGGGUUCCCCAAAGAACGGCAAUGGUGUCGCCUGCAAGCGUAAAAACAACCGGCUUCUGGAGGUGUCCGUUCCAUAACCAUAGAAGACCAAAACCUCUUGGCCCGGGCUGCAGGGUGACAACUCUGUCAUUCUGCACCCCGCAAAACCAUAAUCAUUGUGCAAUUAAUAACAUAUACAAUAUUCAUUUCAAUUCUGAUUCUAUAUAGUCAAAAUCAGUGCGUAAAUAUUUAGGCACCUAAAGUUCUACCUUUUACAGCUUUUUAAGGGUGGAGUGGAAGUCCAUCUUUCUAUCUUCCCAAAUCUUACUCUUUAUUUGGACUAUCAAUGGAAACCUUUAUGAUUACUGCAAGAUGUCCUUUGAACUGGUUUCUCGUUCAUCAUGUUUGUGUGGGCCUUUUAUUGGGUGGUAGUAUGUACAUAGAGAUGCUGAAAGAGUUUGGAUGGGCUCCUAGGUCGAUGCUGAAAAGCAAAAAAAUUGAAGAUUGAAGCACUUUUUCACUGGGGUGGCUGGUGGUCUUGAAAGACAGGUUGGUUGGUUUAUUAGUGUUUUUUUUUUCUUGUUCUAUUUUCAUCUUGUGUUUCCAGUGCAGCGCAGACCAAUUUAUUGAAAACUACUCAUUCGACUUUUGCCAAAUGAUACGAAAAUUUCAUUCAAAAAUUGUGUGCCAUUUAGCUGUUCCUCACCAGGAGAAAGACAUUAUCUUAUAUAUGUUAUUGUGCAGACACUUUCUUAUUUAUAAGCCAAAAGAUUACAUUUCUUUUCAGUUAAAUGAUGAAUGCCAAACAAUAUUUAAAAUCAUGCUUAUUUAGAUUAUAAAUACUUAUAAUUUACUUUCUUUAAAUCAGGGUAUUAGCAUGGAAACCACUUCCCCACAAUUUUAGUGUUGAAACUGAUAUUCUGUAGGGCGUUAAACUCUAUCUGCAUCGCUCUAAAUAUCGGGGUGAUUCUGUGAUUUUCACAUCUGGGUCGAUGCCGGACUGGUAGUCAAGAUGGUUGACACUUGUAAGGCCUCAUAAAAUAAAGAGAACUGCUCUCAACCUGUACACUAAAGCCCUGGCUGGUACGAUCUACACUUCAGUCAGUCCAUUUAUUGUCAUGCAGUAAUGCAAAGCUGUGUGUACAUGAGCUGUAGGACUUGUGUGGACCUUGUAUGAUAGGAGGCUAAAACUAGUUGGUAUUUGUUGUCCUAUAGCUGUGUUGAGGCAAAAUGUAAAUGCUUUUUUGCCAUUGGAAUGUGAGCUGCAUCAUUUUAUUGUUGGCUUGUUCACAUCUGCUAAUAAUAAAUGCAGUGUUUUUCUUAAUGACCCAGAUCUUUGAGUGCAAGCAGUCGUGCAUUCUUCUCUUACAUUCUGCUCGAGUUUACAUCACGGACCAGGAUAGUGGGGGAUACUUUUUCAAUUGUAUUUAAUGUGAUGUUGUUUUUGUUGACUUUUUGUACUGAACUUCUGAAGAUAAGGCCCGCCAAAGUAACUUCUCUGCUUCUGCUUCAGUUCCAUGAUGUGUUUUUGUAAUUUUACAGUAUAAACAAAACUAGAAAUUAGGGGAGUGGAUUAUCAUCCUCUUUAGUAAAGGUAGCUUGUGUAAACUGAAUUACUUAAGCUCUGUUAUUCCGCAUAGUUCAGUCAGCCUUUGAUGCAGUAAGCUAUGGGUUUAUCCUCCUCUUCUGUGUCAGGAGUUGGAAUUGAAAGAGGAAAAUAAUUGUUGUAUGCACUUAUUUGUGCCUAAAUGUAACCUGUUCUGAAAGACAGAAAACAUGAAAGUGUUUCAUUACCAACUAAGUGUAAUAAAUGACAAGUAAUCUUUUUUUUAAAAAUUAAAGCAAUAAAUAAAUUACUG